AUGAAGCUUUUUCCAGCACCGACGGUCGGCGACAGUGAGACGCGCUACUGUUUUUUCCUGCCCAUUGCCUCGACACAGCAAACAUCAGAAGACAAUCUCCACACAGCAGAGCAGUAUUGCAGCGCUUUUUUGUCCUUUGCAGUAGAGCAGACGCAGGAUUUUAUAUGGCACAAGCACCAUUUCCACCUCACCGUAGUUCCCCACAUAAAUGGGCGUUAUAUUCUGUCCGGAUGUUCAAGUGUCGGUGAUGCUAUCCGGGAUGAGUGGGUUGUUGCUAAAUUGGUAUUUGACAUAACUAUCAAGUUUCCAGGUGUAGUCGGGCGUGUUGCGGACUCAGAUGGAGAGUUUUUGCUUAUUGAAAGUGCCGAAGCGCUGCCAGAUUGGGUCACACCUGAAGACAGCGAUCGUCGGAUAUUUGUCCUAAACGGGAAGCUACAAAUUGCACCACCUGCAAUGAUUGGUAAGAGAGGCAACACAGGAGACUUCUACGAUGAAGAUGCAUUGGAGCAAGUGCUGGAUAUUAGUGUGAAGACGGAGGUCAGUCCUGCGGUGCAGCAAUUGAUUCAGCACAAAUUGGAUCAAGUGCCGACCUAUAUGCGCGACAAUUGUCAUCGAGUAAGGUGUUUAUUGCCAAAGAGAGCUGCGCAGGUUAUUGCUGAGAACAACAACAUAGUGGGCCCAGCAGUUGAAGCGUUUUACUAUCGAGAACCAAAGCAGACGGGCCUCGUAUGUGGCAAGAUGGCAACGUUCAUGCCGGAAGGGGAUAAAGUAGUGGAGCAGAGAGUCACAUUCUCGCGAGCGAUGUUUGCUCAGCUCAAGUAUCAGGAAUUCUUUCCACCAAAAGUGUUUCUUCGUCGCGAUGCACGCUACCGUGAGUUGGAAAGCUUGAAAGAUGGAGAGAACGCCUUUCCUGAUACACAGGCAGCGGACAUUGGCGUUAAACUUGCCUGUGGUCUGGAGCUAGUAUAUAUUGGUGACCAUAAAGACCAGCUUGGACGACCUUGGAAACAAAUAAUCGACGAAGAGCUGCAGCAUAAUGGCACAAAGUUUUUGGCACAACCAACUGAGCCAGACGAUGACGAUUCGUGGCUGUACAUGCACCCCGACACGCUGGAAAGUCAACUGCAGCGUGCUGCUAUGGCAGGAGAUGCUUCCACUGCUGGUGGUGCUGACGAACUGCAAAGCAUGGCCGCCAUGUUUGGCAAAUUUAUGGACGGAGUCUCCGGUGUUGAAGGCGUAGAAGGAGCGGAGCCUGUUCAAUUCGACAUGAGCUCCUUCAUGGAAAUUUUGAACGGUCAUGAACUCGGGAAGAAAGUGGUGACAGAGAUCUUUUUUCUGGACGAGGCAAUGGCCGAAAUGGAGGCGGAGUUAGCAGGAACCGAAGUUGCAAAAAGCUUUACACGUUUUGAGGAACCGGGCGACAGUGAAAAGGAGGCUGAGCCUUUGCUUCACUCGACAGACGAGCAAGUCGGCUCUAUGUCCUUUUCAUCAGCAAAACCAUUGGACUUGGAUUAUAAUUUGCUGUCUAACUUGCUGGAGUCAUUUGCAUCUCAAGAGGGUCAUGCCGGACCUGUUGGCACCAUUCUAAACGAAAUGAGCUUUUUCUAG